AUGACGGCCGAAACCAUUAUUCUAUCCACCGGCAAUACCAUGCUUCAACAAGGCGUCAAUGCCGCCGACAAUUCCCAUACCGAACUCACAUGGAGCCUACGCGACAGUUUCGAGGGCGCACAACAGGAGGCCAAAGAACUCUCACAAGAGCCCAAGCAGAAUGGCACUUCUCAGCAUGCGGAUUGGGUCUCGUACUCGGACGACGCCAAAACCCUGUACAUCCCACGACUCGACUUCACCAACAGUUCCCUACACGAAGAGAGAGACCAAUAUGACAUAACCGCAAAGAUCUUCUUCCUUUCCGAUGAAGACACUUCUGCAAGAGGGGAGCAUCUUCGUCAAGCGAUUGAUCUGGUUCAGAAGGAGCUGCACAUGCCUAAUGUCGACCUUUUGAUUGUUUCAUUCCCUGGUGUCUACUUUGACGAGGAGAGUGAGUGCUGUCCGGACAAGAUCAAGAGCAGAGGAACCAAAGAGUCUUCUCCUGAGCCUGUGGACAACCAGUUGGAAACUUGGAAGCUGGUCGAAAAGCUGCACAAAGACGGACUGGUACGAAGACUAGGCGUAUCCGAGUUUGGCGCAAACCGCCUGCAACCUUUCCUCGAGAAGGCAAGUGUUCAGCCUUCGGUCAACCAGAUCAGUCUGCGUGACUGCUGUAGCGUACCCCAGCCGCUAUCUAGCCUGGCCAAGAGCAAGAAUGUUGAACUGCUCGUCAACAAUGACUCGGUCAAUAUCAUGCCUCGUGGUACCAUCAGGGGACUUCUCGAUCACGAAGGUGCUGGUGUCCUGUCGCAAGCCUCGGAGAAGAUUGGAGAGAAGAGAAAGCGUCAAGAGAACGGUCAAAAGAUGGACGGCCAGGUCAUCCCUCAAUGGGUCAUCAAGUACACGGCUGUCGUCAGGAACCGUGGUGUGGUCGAGAACAAAGGCUACUUUGCGUGUGCCAAGUACGUCGAAGUAGAGGAGGAUGUGCCUACGAACGGACAUGCCAACUAG